AUGUACUCAAUGACUCAUAUGACAAAGCGGUUAUUUAAUAGUUGUCUUAAGAAAAUCUAUAAAGAAGACAAAUAAAUUUAAAACAUGGAUAUAAUGUUAAUGAUACCUGAAGCAAUGAUUUUAAUGCCAGACUAUAUUACUGAAGUAUAACAAAAUAAUAAAAAACAAUUAUUUGCAAGUAAUAUCACUACUAUAAUGUUUUAUCCAAUUAACGAAUAACAAGUACCAAUAUUUAAGCUAGAAAAAAUUUUUCAUAAUCCUUAAGUAUCAGCUGUUUAGCUUUAUAAAGAACUAUGCAACGAGGAAGACAUAGGAGUGUGUGAGAUAGAAAUAUCAUGGGAUAAUUUUUAUAUACAAUCAACAAAUACUUUUGUAUACUACAUUGAAAUACUUAAAUUCAAACCAAUCAAAAAAUAUAGCGAGAGAAUUAUAACAGUAAAUUAAUUUCGCUCAAAACUACAGAAUAUCUAUAAUAUAGAACUAUCGAAUCUAGAAGAUGUCUGUGGUUUUCAACUAACAAAAUCAAUUAAGCAAAAAACUAGUAUAAGAUAGUCAAUAGUUUAAUCUAAAGUUAGGUUAUCUUCACUGAGCAAUUAAAAUAUAUAAAACAAUCCUAAUAGUUAAUUGUCAGAUUUGAAGCUUAAUGAACACUCUUCACAGAAUGCAAUUAAUUAAAAUUAAGUUACUUCUAUUUUGUAGAAUAACUUAGAAGAUACAAAUGCUAAUAAUCCUAAUUCAAAAAAUUACAUUGAAAAUACAAAUAAAUACUUUCAAGAAAAAAAUAAAACAAAUGAGGUUAAUCCUUCUGAUUAGCUGUAGUAAAUUGCAUAAAAUAUGUUUUUUUCUGAAGAACAACAAUAAAAUCAAUAAUUGAAUGAUUUUCUUAAGAAGCAAUCUACUGAAGAAUUUGGAUAAAAAGAAAUAAAUUUAGAUUAAAACAUCAUCUAAGAUUCUAAAAAUCCAAUUUAGGAGGAUUUAAAAAAUGUAAAAGAGUUUAGCUUUAUGAAUGUUUCAGCUACAAAAUUGUCCAGAUCUUUUGAAUUAAAGCAGGAAACAUUUUCUUUUUAAAAUUUUUAAAAAUAAAAAACUGGUGACUCUUAGUUUGAAAAAAAAAAGAGUCUACAACAUUAAGAAUAAAAUGGAAGUGAAAAAACACAAAAUAACCAUUAUGAUACCUUAAGUGAGAGUGAUAAGUAGUCUAUGACUUCAUAAAGAAACCCUUAGAAAAGCUAAUUAAAUUUGAUGAUUUACUCUUCCUCCAAUAGAAAAAUAGAGGAAUAGGAAUUCAAAUCUAAAAAAAACUAAGAUUCAUUUCAAUUAUAAAAUAUAAGGAAAAUAAGCCUUUAAGCUACUAUUGAAUAAAGUGAAAAACUUUAAAAAUAAUUAGAAGAUUUUAAUGAGAUGCCACAUCAUGAAUAAGACAUUUAACUUUAUAAGUAUGGACAUAACGAUGAAUUAUAUAAAAUUGAAGAGGAUUUUAAUGAUUAUUUUACAGAUGUUAAUACACAGACGAAUAAGUUUUCCCAAAAAUCCAAAAGUUAAAAAAAACCUUCAGAUUUAUAAAUAAAUGAAAUAGGUAAACAGGCUCUAGAUUUAAGUUUAGAAGAAAUGAAAGCCCUGCAAUCAAGUUAUUAUUUUUAGAGCAAUUAACAACCAGAUUAAAGUUAGAUUAAUAAUUUAAAAUCAAAUUUUACUUUAAUAAAUAAUUAAGAGCAAGAAAAUGAAAAAUAGUAAGAUGAAGGUUCUUAUUUGCUUUAAAUUGCAUAAAACUAGCUAGUAGUUUAGAAUUAGAUGCUUGCUCCAUCAAAAAAAAGUGAUUAACUUAUAAGUUAAUAAAAAAAAAUUAUCAGAAAUUCAAUGAGCUAUUUGUAAUAGCUACAUUCUUGCCCAUUUAGUAAUUAUGUUCCUUCAUUAAAUAAUUAGUAUACCGAAUAUCAAAUUUAAGAAAUUAUAAAUUCAAACUCUAAUCAGUACGAAGAUUUAAUCAAGAAAAAAAUAGUUUAAUAAAAGUAUUACAAUUCAAAUCAAUAUUUCAAGUAAUUUAAUAUGCCAAACCCAUAAAGAACCUAAUCUGUAAUAAACUAUCUUGUCCCAGACUAGCAGUAGAGCAUCAUAGAUAACUCCGUAAGUUAAAUCUAAAAUAGCUAAAAGUUUUCAAAUAACGAAAUUGAAGAUGAAGAAGGUUAGCAAACUGAAAUUAUGAGUGAAUAAUUUAUAGAAGAAUUGAUUAAAGAACAUAACAUAGAUAAUACUAGCGCUACUUCUUCUAGAAACGAAAUAAAUUAAAAGAAAAAAAGAAUAAUUAACCUGAUUUAUUCACCUUUCAACUUAACAAGUUUAGAUAUCAUAAAAUUUCUUUCUUUAGCAUUACUUUGUGGUUUGUUUUUAGUAGUUAUUCUGAACUACAUACUUAUCAAAAAUGACAUAAAUAAAUGCAAGGAAGAUACUAUAGAUAUAUGUAAAUAUUUUUUUAUUUGA